UGGGGAAGGAAGGACAGAGUGUUUUAUUCCUGUGAAAAGUUUUAUUACCAGAACUUGAUUGAUUUGAGAUGAAAGAGAAAGGAAAUGCAUAGAUUUUGAGACAAACUUAAAGUUACCAUAUGUUCAAGGGAGAUUUUGAAGUCUUUCGGAGCUGUCCGUAAUUGAUUUGAAAUGCAAUGCUGAAUUUGGGUUUUAUUUAAGAACAAGGGGGAAAAAAAACAUUUAAUCAGACUUGGGAGUGAAAGAUGGCAGUCAGUAAAGAACAAUUUCAUACUUGCUAGACAUCCCUGUAAUAGAUUACAUAGGACAUUUGGUCGAUUUCAAUUAGAACCCACAUGCCUCCUCCACCCCCAACACUCUCUCUUCAUCUUAGAGCCUCUUCUCUCUACCCUCAAGUGUGGUUUCAGUAUGACUAGGGAAUAGAUACUAAAAAUAUUUCUGGAAUGACGUGACCCACUCUUACCCCAUCCAGGAAAGGAACAAGGCUGCACAAGAAACAGCACAUGCUUUCCUUUCAUUUCUGGGAGUCCCGGGGUCGACCUACAGAUGCUGCUUCUUCCGUGGCCGAUGGCAUUCAGACUCCUAGCUGCCGAUGGUGCCAGGCAAACAACUGGACAGAAGAGCUCAGCUACGGGAAGCUGGCCACGGUCUCGGCCAGAGCAGCAGCCCCCUGGCCACAGACCACCUCUGCCACCCCAUCCAGGAGCCUUCCUUCCUCCCUCAGCCUUGCCUGGGCCCCGCCACAGGGGCUGAAGAACUGGGAGGCGGUGGCAGCAGCGGCAGUGGUGCCUACAGCCUUGGGGCCAAUCCAGGCACGAGGGACCCUGCUUUGGGCUACUCUGCAGCCCCUCCGGGGCCAGGGAGGGGCCCAGGACCGCCCCGGUGCUCACCACUGUGUUUUCCUGUCGCUGACACCGAGGCGAGGGCUCAGAAUGGAAGGCGUCCCUCCUGAGCUGAAUCUGCAGGCCAGGCUGAAGGAGGUCAGGGAGGGGGUGAGCGGAGCUCAAGAUAGCCAGGAGCUCAAGCAGCAGCUGCAGCCACUUCUCAAGCCACUGGCCCCCUCCCAGCGAGAAGCGAAAUAUGUGGAGAUAUGCACUUCAGCUGGAGUCCAGAGGGACAGUCCCCGGACCAUGAGACUUACUCUGGAGCAGCGCCCGGGCGAUCAGAGGGGCUCUAGGAGCCCCCAGGAGAAAGCCCAAGACGAACCCGGCAGCCGAGAGUGCGAGGCUCCAACCCCCCAGAAGACUCCUGCCUGCUUGGAACUCUCCAGAUCCCAGUUCUCCCGCACUGAUGAGGGCAGCACCCUCUCCUCUCCCUCCUCCUCCUCCUCCCUGGUGGACAAAGCAGAAGAAGGUGGCCUUUCCAAGAUGGGUGAUAGCACCACAUCCACGGGGGCUCUGGCCACCUCGUCCUCAUCGUUAGACUUUGAGAGUGACAGUGGUGAGAACGCAGUGAGCUGCCAGCCCCAGGGAGGAGAAGAAGGGGGAAACGCAGGAGGAGGAGGAGGAGGAGGAGAGGGAGGAAGAGGAGGAGAUGGAACCGAGUGCAGAGACAUGAUUGCCAAAUCUCAGGGCAGCAGGGACCCCCCCCAAAACCAGGAGGCUCACUACAUCACCACCCACGAGAUCCAGCUGAGCGAGGUAGAGCAGGACACGGAUUUCGACGUGGGCCUGGCCUCCCGCUGGGAUUUCGAGGACAACAACGUCAUCUACUCAUUCGUGGACUACGCUUCCUUUGGUGGCAGCGACGAGACCCCAGAGGACGUCACCACGCCGAGCGAAGAGGACGAUGACAACAGCUGCUACCUCAGCACCACUCCCAGCACCAACGCCACCCGGACACCCAGCCCCACCGGCAGUGACCCCGCCCGCCCCAGCGCGGGCAGCAGCGGUGGCGACACCAGCAGCACGGAAGUGGGCAGCGGCCCCUCGGACAGCGACCCCACUCCCCCAGCCACGGGGCCUGGCACUGCCACCCCGUGUGAGCCCUUGCUGCAGCCGCUGGAGGCAGCCUCAGCCGCCGCAAGCAGCUGCGGGAGUGCAGCAAGCCAGAUCCUCCUAUCAAUCAAACCGACUUCCCGGGCUAUAAAUGAGCCUAGCAACGUGUGUGCAAAGCAAAACAUUAUUUAUGCUGCCAAGCAUGAAGGCGACAUGAGCCUCCGCGUCUCUACAGCUGCUGAACACAAUUCAAGUUCACUGAAGCAAGACCCGGCUGCAGCCGUGGCUCAGGACCAUGCAAAGAAAUUCAUCGCCGUCCCUGCUCGCCUGCAGACGCGGUGCGGGGCCAUCCGGGCGAAGGAGCUGGUGGAUUACUCCAGCGGAGCCUCCAGUGCCGUGAGCGAGCUGGACGACGCCGACAAAGAGGUGCGUAACCUGACCUCCCGGGCCUUCCGGAGCCUCGCUUACCCCUACUUUGAGGCCCUGAACCUCAGUUCCCGGGAGUCCUCCUCGCUCUCCGAAGUCGGCUUUGGGCGUUGGUCGGCCUUCCUGGACUUGAAAUGUGGCGGUGUUGGAGCCAGGGUGGAGCAGAGCCUCCUCCGGAGCAGCGCGGCCUCUAUGGCUGCGGGUCUGAGGAAGGGCAGCGGGGCCAGGACGACCGCAGACCAGCUCUACAUCCAGUCCAAGAAGUCCCAGACCAAGGCCUUGGAGUUCGUCGUCAGCAAAGUCGAGGGGGAGAUCAAACACGUGGAGACGCCUCUGUGUUUCCAGAAGCAGGUCCAGUCGGGCUCCCGCGUGGUCACCCUUCUCGAGCCUCUGAAUUUACGCAGUGAGAGCAAAGCCAGCUCCGCCGCAGGGCCCUGCAGGGCCACCAAAGGCCCCAGCAAGGGCCCCGAGUCCGUGGACACGGAUGAUGGCUCCGAGGCCUCCGAGGGCAGCAGGCUUGUCUCCCGAGCUGGCGGCCCCCAGAAGAAGUCCAAGUUCGCUUCCAGUCUGCUCAAAAAUGUCAUCUCCAAGAAGAUGCAGCGGGAACACGAGUUCAGAAUGGAGAGGGGAGAAGUCAGUGACACAUCCCACCAUCACCUCUCCAGCGCCUCCAAGGAGACGGAGGGCCCUCCCCCCGGGGGUGAGAGGCAGCGGGAGAGGGGCCUGCAGAGGCAGAGUUCUCGCCACUCGGAGGCCGGCUCUGAGUACACGGUGGUCAGCGUGUCUGAUGCAGGUGGGGAGGGGUCCGCAGCUGGGUCUAAAUCCCCAGUUUUCAAAGCCAGUGCCCCUCGGGAGAGCCAUGCGGGCUCCGGCCGUGAUUUCGCUGAUGGACACCCAGUAGAGGUGUGUGAAAUUAGAAAGAGUGCGUCAGAGACUGUCAAGAGCACCUUCCUCCGCAGUCAGAACAGCGCAUUCCGGUCGUGGAAGGAGAAGGAGGCUGAGAAGCGGCAAGAAAAGGCCCCCGUUGGGAAGCUGAAACUCCCCAAAGGGGGCGACUGGAGGGCUGAUCUCGGGGAGAUCUCUGCCAGUAAGUCCACCAUCAUGUCUCGCCUCUUUGUCCCCAACAUCCAGCAGACACCCAAGGACAAGCAGCCGGGGAAGCAGGCCACCAAGCACCCUGCUGCCCAGGCCACCUCCACGGCAGUGAUCAGGCCCAAGGUUCCCGAAAUCAAGAUCCGGCUGGGGAGCGUGCAACAGCCAGGCUCGGACUUCAACAUUGCCAAGUUGCUCACACCCAAACUGGCCAGUGGCAGCGCCUCGAACCUCCUCAAGACCACUGAGGACAACAGCAGGGCACAGCAGAAACUCUUCCGGGGGGACAGCCUGGAAAAAGUGCCCCAGUUCCAGGUGAGAGAUGUCAGGGACAAGUCCAAGGCCCAAGGCCCCCUCCACCAGGUGAGAGACGUCCGGAAACUAAUCAAAGCGUCAGGGGACAGCAGUGACAAGGGCAGCGUCACCCCAGAGCAGGGGCUGACCGGGCCCAAACCCAGGCAGCUGGCUCCUGCAGCUGGUGGGUCGGGAUCCCUGUCCCCCAUGGUGAUUACGUGCCAGGCCGUGGUGAACCAGAGGGAAGACAGCACAGACCGAGAGCCCAGGGAGAACGUGGGCAAGGGGGGCAGCAGCAGGGUCUUGAAUUCCUCCUCGCCAGAAGGGACAGUCUUGGUUCACAGGGCAUCUGGCAGGCUGCCCGUGGCCACCAUCGCCCCCAAUAAGCCUGAGCAGGGCUCGUACCUGCCCGUGCUCAAGAUCGUCUCCAAGGCUCAGAAGACCCCAGAGAAGGUCAAGGAGGAGGAGGUCAAGGAGGAAGGAAAAGGCCCCAAGACAUCCCGCAAUGCUCUGGAGAAGCUGACGGCGGCCGUGAGGUCCAUGGAAGAGCUGUACAGCUUCAACAGGAACGAGUGGAAGCGGAAAAGCGACCCCUUGCCCCUGAUGACCGACAGCCACGUCCUGUCGCUCAUCGCCAGUGAGGAGCGAGAAGGGGCCGGGGCUGCUGAGCGGGACCCCGACAAGUUGGCCAAACGGCUGGGUGGGGCGGAGGAGCGGGGCGCCGGGCACAAAGGCGCAGGGGUGGUCCUGCGAGGGGGCCCCGUAGAGCGUCUGCAGCGGAGGAACUCCAACCCGAGCGCCGAGAGUGUGUCCGCCCGCGCGGCUGCCUUUGAGAACCUGGCCAGGGAGAGGCCCAGGUCCCUUUAUAUCCCCCCGGUGCACAAGGAUGUGGACAGAGCCCAGCCCCUGCCCCCACUGCCCGGCCACCGGAACGUGUUCACGGUGAGCGCCAGCAGCACCCAGAAAACGGGGGGUGUCGCUGGCAAGUUCCCACAAGGCCCCGCUCCAGAGAGUCCUUCGGCGGCAAAGGGCAUCAAAUCGCAGGGACUCCGGUCUCUCAAGAUCUCUCCGGCCACUCGGGCAUCUCUCGAAGAGGCGACCAACAGGAAAAAUGGCAGCCAUCUGGAAAAGAGCCGCAGCGACUGCGAGAAUUACCUGACCAUCCCCCUUAAAGGGAGCUCUGCAGCUGAGGAGCUUCCAGGCAGGCCUGGGGCAGGGAGGGAGGGGCCCCCGCGCUCCUCAGCCACCACUCUCUGCAGCUUGCCCCCAAUGAGUGCCCGCAGUCAGGUCCCCAGCAGCCCCAAAGGCUCUCAGGUCAGCGGAACCAGCCGGCCAGCUUGGUGCACCAAGCCCGACGACCCCCGGGGGACGGUAGCUGCCCCCGCAGGGCCGCAGAGCCCCGAGCAGCCCCCCACCGCGAUCUACCACCAGCAGCUGCUGCCCUUCGCCCUCCAGGGGGCCCAGCCCCAGGUCCUCUGCUUCUCCCCUCCAGGCAUGCCUGCCCCGGCGCCUGUGGGCCCAGCUCCGGUCCCCGCAGACCCCUUCCAGCAGCCGCAGCCUCCGCAGACCCAGCGCAAGAUGCUCCUGGAUGUGACAACCGGCCAGUACUAUCUGGUGGACACGCCAGUUCAGCCCAUGACCCGGAGACUGUUUGACCCCGAGACGGGGCAGUAUGUGGACGUGCCCAUGACCUCCCAGCAGCAGCCUGUGGCUCCCAUGUCCCUCCCCGGGCCUCCCUUGGCCCUGAGUCCCGGGGCCUACGGCCCCGCCUACAUGAUCUACCCCGGGUUUCUGCCCACGGUGCUGCCCGCCAACGCCCUGCAGCCCACCCCAAUUGCUCACACUCCAAGGGGCGCCGAGCUCUCCCCCGUGGCAGCAGAGCCCCCCAGCAAAGAGGCAGCUGCAUCUUUCACCGAGGCCCCUUACUUCAUGGCCUCCGGUCAGUCUCCCACCUCCUCCUCCGCCUCCGCCCCAGCGGCCACAUACCAGCUCGUGGGGGCCAAGGGCUUUGCCCAGCUGCAUGGCAAGCCUGUCAUCAGCAUCACUUCGCAGCCCCUGGGGCCGCGGAUCAUCGCCCCCCCCUCCUUUGACGGCACCACCAUGAGCUUCGUGGUGGAACACAGAUGACGAGCGGUCACCAGAAAGCAGAAGGGCGCAGCUGCUGGAGCAAGACAGAAAGACGGACGAAUCUUCUUGAAUCUGAAGGCUGCAUUGUAACAGCACUAAGAAUUCAUCUGGAAACCUUCCUCUACAUAUGUUAUUCUUAGUUUUUGCUUCUUAUAAACCAAGUGUAUUUGACUUCAUCAUUCUAGCCUCUUAAAGAGAUUUAAUGCAUUUUAAUUCUUUUCAUAUUUCAUAGAAAUGGAAAUCAGUGUUUGCUACAAAUUGAAUGCUCAUGCUACCUGAAAUAAUACUUUGGAGUGCAGGACAGUGUUGAUUCUUAAGUAGAUUGACUAUAAUCUCAUGAUAAGUAUAUAUUAUAUGUGCAUGAGAAAACACAUUCAGUAAUAGUCUCUGUUUAAAAACUAUCACGGUAUAUACAUUUUCCAAUGUGGUGCUUGAGGAGUUUCAUUCUACAGUUUACAAGGUGUAGGUUUGCACCCCAAAUUCUCAGGGUAUGCUGUUUUACCCAAAUACUUGAAAGAAAAAGGUGCCCUGUAUUUUAUCAGUACUGUUGAGGGGAAAAAUUAUGUGUAGGUUUGUUUUACAAAACUACUUAUAAAAAUCAACUUCACAAAUUAUGUUAGGCUUUUACAUAAUUCCUAAGGAAGUAUACAU